UGGCUUUUGGCAAGUUCCUGAGUUCUCUGAGCCUCGAUUUCUCCACUGGGGACAGAUAUCGACCCUUCAUGAGCCUCCCGAGUCGACUUACUCUGUAGAACCCCAGAGAUGAAGGGUCUCCUCGCGCUGGUCGGGCUCCUGGCUUGUAGUGUGCCUGCUGUGCCCGGGAGCUUGCUAGACCUGAAGUCAAUGAUUGAGAAGGUGACGGGGAAGAACGCCCUGACCAGCUAUGGCUUCUAUGGCUGCUACUGUGGCUGGGGUGGCCACGGGACCCCUAAGGAUGCUACCGAUUGGUGCUGUUGGCUGCAUGACCACUGCUACGGGCGGCUGGAGGAGAAAGCCUGCAGCAUCCGGACACAGUCCUACAGAUACAGAUUCGCAAGGGGCCUGGUCACCUGUGAAUCUGGGGCCUUCUGCCAGGUCCAGCUGUGCACCUGUGACCGGAGGCUCUCCUAUUGCCUGAGGAGGAACCUGCGGAGCUACAACCCUCGUUAUAGAUACUUCCCCAACGCGUUCUGCAGCUAGUGAAGGGGUGGCCUUGCAACACGGCUCACCGCUUGCCGUCAACCCCAGCCUCUGGCCUUGUUCUUUCUGGGCUUGGAGGACGGCCCUGCCCUACUGCACCCUCUUGAGAG